AUGACGGCGGUCGGAUCUACCGGCGCCAGAAUGCUGGGGGAGAUUGAGGAGACGACGCUUGAAGAGAUACUCAAUUCACUUCGUGUAUCCAUCGCCGUCCUCGAUGCAGAAACACACCCUGUGACGGGCCCAAACCCGCAAUCUACAUCGAUAACAACUACCCCCGACAGCAAACGCAGGGGACCACAACCAAAAACCUUCCCGAUCGCACCUUUGAAUGACCUAGCAGCCCGCCAUGCCCGCGCGACCGGCUCAGCCCUCGUGUCCAUCUCGGGCCGCCACCUCGCCCUGUUGCACCUCCUGAUCGCGACCCUGAUCGCACCGCCGCACAGCAAGGCCGUCGUCGUCGUCGAUCUCGACGGCCGUUUCGACCCCGUUCGCGUCCUGCAGUGCACUCCCUGGUCGUCGUCUCCAUCAGACGACAAAAACAGCGUCACUACCAGGCCUACGCCCGCAGACCUUGCCCACGUGCACGUUCACCGGCCUGCCCGCACCUCGGGCCCGCAGUCGGCCGUGAUCCGUGCUGCCGUUGCCAUCGCAGAGCAGCAUCUCGUGUACGGCCGGCAUGGUAGUGGCGCUCGAGAGUGGUGGGGGACUGUUGUAGUUGGUGGCGCCGUCGGUGCUGCCGCCGCUGCUGCCGGGGAUGGUGAGGAUGGGGCCGCCUCGGCGGUGGUGGACGUCGUUGCGGGCCCGAGAGGCUGGCUGCGUGUUGAGAGAGAGGAGAUUCCUGGAUUCGGGCUUGGUAUGAGCGUCGAAGAGGCGCUGGUGGAGCGGGAGCGGCGCAGGCGGGCGGUCGAAGAGGCUGGGUGGAAGGCCGGGAGUGUUUGGGGUGGGUUUGGCUUUGGGGAGUCGUAA